AUGUUCAUUGAUCUUGGUCUGCAUGUGCUUCCUGCGGUGGAUAGCAUCCCUGCCGAAGAACUUGAAAUCCGAAAGCGAGUUCUCUGGGGAGCAUACUUUAUUGAUAAGAUCCAGUGUCUUUUCCAAGGGAGACCUCCCCUUCUCAACCGUGUCAACGUGAGCGCGUCACUGGACUUUCUGGAUGACUUUGACGAGCUUGAACCCUUUCAGGGUAUCACAUACAUGACCACAAAGCCUCGAGUAGUGGUUCCGUCGCUGAAUGUUUCUUUACUCACUAAUCUAUGCGAGUUGACAACGAUUGUGGAACGUAUUCUCCGAGAGAUUUAUUCAGAAUCUCGAGAGUCAAAUCUGGCUCACCGAGCAAAUAUUUCAAGGGAAAUCAAGUCACAGCUGAGAAACUGGCGCCAAAAUUUGCCUCGUCGGCUUGACUAUCUGUCAUUUCCAGACCAGGCGGUUCUCCUUCCUCAGUCUGCCUGUCUUUUAGCUCUAUUCAAUGUGCUUAUUAUUUUGGUUCAUCGUCCUUUAAUAACUGGCCACGACGGGGUCAUCAAUUCAACAACUGCCCACGAAUCGGUGAACGCAUGUACCGCAGCUGCGAACCAAAUUGUUCAGAUUCUCCAUGACUACUCGCAGCAUUUCUCUUUGAGCAGUGCACCAUACAUGCUCUCAUACGCUACCUAUAUCAGUGCAACGAUCCACGCACGAAUUGUGGCCCAGAAAGGGAGUAACUCAACCGUGUUCCAAUCACUGGUUUUUUGCCGAAGUAUUCUUACUGAACACACACGCCUUUAUUCUGCAGCAGAAAAGGCUAGGGAGAAUUUGGACAAGUUGAUUUCUCACUUAGGGAUCAAUGUUGCAGAUGACAAUCAACGCACUGGAAGCGCCGGGAGCUCUGGGAACAACUUUUCCAGCGAGCACAUGGUCAUGCCCGAGUCUAUUAAUAUUGCCAGAGAAUCUGGGGUCGCAGAUCGUCCACUUGAAUUUGGAUCUUUUCAGAUGGAAUUAUCGGAUCUGGACCUUGAGGCAAUUGCCCAAGGCUUUCAGGUUGAUGUAGAGUCGAAUUCGUUUUGGAAUGCUCUGGUAUGA